AUGGAGGAGGAAACAAAGAACAAGAUUAACGGAAAGAAGUUAGGGUUUUGGAAAUGGGCAAUUGCAUCCGUAAUUUUCAGAUUAAUUCUGAUUUACUUCCCCCAAAAUCUCAAUCUCUCAUCCCGCCCGGAAGUCUCCACUCCGGUCACCAGCCUCCGCCGCUUGGCGGAGGGAUACUGGUUAAAGCAGCUAUCAAUGUCGCCUUAUGCUGGUUCAAUGUACCACGGAUCACCUUUAUUGCUAUCAGUUCUUGGGCCUCUUACUGCAAUAAAGGUCGAAGGACAGCCUAAUCAUCUUUUGUGCAGUUUGGUUUCUGUGAUUGCAGAUUUUAUCUGUGCACUUCUGAUUCGUGCCACUGGAUGUAUCCUUCAAACAGCACAUGGUCAGAAUUUGAAAUCUUUAGGCCUUGAGACAAUGCUGGAAGACAUUGAGAUUAUGCCAUCUGGUGACAUUGCUGCUCUUGUGUAUUUAUGGAACCCUUUCACCAUAUUCACCUGUGUUGGUUUUAAUACAUCACCUGUUGAAAAUCUGUUCGUUGUCUUGUCUCUCUAUGGAGCAUCUGCAGGAAUAGUGCCACUGGCAGCUUUUGGGUGGGUUAUAGCAUCUCAUUUGUCUCUUUAUCCAGUGGUUUUGGUCAUUCCGGUGAUCCUUUUAUUAGGUUAUUGUCCUGAUACGCCUCCAAGAAAACUGUUUCUGCAAAGGGAUUUCCAAAAAACUGGAGCCGAGAGAUCAAUCAAGAAUCACGUCCAAGAGAGGCCAUUGACAAAUAAACCAGCAGAAGCAACAUUUUUCUGGUGGCGAGUCAUUCUCUUCUUUUUGUGGGCGUCCAUAUGGAUAGCCUACGUCUUAAUUUUGUGUGCAAUCUCUGUAAAAGAGUAUGGAGGUCUUCCAGAGAUGUUUAAGAGGACCUAUGGAUUUAUUCUCACCGUGAAAGAUUUAUCUCCAAAUAUAGGUGUCUUAUGGUACUUCUUUGCAGAAGUCUUUGAUUUUUUCAGGAAUUUUUUCCUGAUAGUUUUCCAUGUGAACAUCCUUUUCAUGAUAUUGCCAUUAGCCAUACGGCUAAACCAUCGGCCUUGCUUUCUUGCUUUUGUUUACUUGACAAUCUCUUCAAUGCUUAAAUCUUAUCCUUCGGUCGGGGACUCAGCUCUAUACUUGGGUAUGAUGGCACUUUUUGUUAAUGAGUUAGCAGAAAUGCAAUUUUCGUUCUUCCUCUUUUGUGGAUAUGUGGGAGUAUCACUUCUGAGCCCUGUGAUGCACAACCUAUGGAUAUGGAGGGGUACUGGGAAUGCAAACUUUUACUAUGCAACUGCUAUGGCGUAUGCUUGCUUUCAGAUUAUAUUGGUAGUUGAGAGCGUUAGUGCCAUGCUUAAUCAUGACAGAAAGAUCAGAAAACAAUGUAGAACUAUGGAAGGUUGA